AUUAAAUCAAGAGAACUAUUUUAUGAAAUGGAAGAAGCAAGUUUAACAACAAAGAAGGACUUGGGUGUUGUUGACUAUAUAUCAUUUGUAGGUUUGCUUCUAACAUCUUGUGGCAUCGGCAUUUUCUAUGCAUAUCGUGACAGAGGAAAUAAGACAACAAAUAAUUAUUACUUCGGGGAGGGAAAAAUCAAUGCGAUUGCUGUUGGACUCUCACUAGCAGUGACCUUCCGGUCCUCCCUGUCGGUCAUCGCAAGUCCUGCAGAAGCAUACAUUACUGGUACAGCUGUUUUGUGGGAAGAAUUUGCCAACACGAUUGUAGUUUUCAUCGUCAUUAUCUACUUUAUUCCAGCAUUUCGUCGCAUGAAACUGAAUACUAUAUUUGAGUUUCUGGAACUUCGUUUCAGUCCAGCUCUUGCAAAGUUAGCAAGCUUCAUGUAUAGUUUCGGUACAAUAUUUUACAUGGGCUCAGCGGUCUACCUCCCGGCUGUUUCCUUGAAUGCAGUUACUUCUAUUCCGUUGGCAUGGAGCAUAAUUCUGACAGGGGGAAUCUGCACUCUAUACACUACUCUGGGAGGAAUGAAGGCAGUGGUGUGGAAUGACGCCGUCCAAUCCUUUGUAAUGAUCAUUGGAAUGUUUGCUGUUACAGUACGAGGGCUCACAUUCAUAGGAGGAUUCGAUGAAAUGAUGGAUGCAUUGGAAAGAGGGGGUCGUUUUACUGGCAUGAAAUUUGAUUAUGGAAUAAUCACUCGUAUUUCACCAACAGCCAUCCUUAUCGGGAAUUUCAUCAUGUGCAUUGACACAUUGUGUUUCUCACAAUCAAUUUUUCAGAGAUUUCUUUCAUGUAAAAGUACACGACAAGCGCAGUAUUCAAUGUUGGUCUACCUUAUACCUACUUUAUUAAUGUCCGUAUCAAUAUAUUUGAAUGGAUUUAUAAUGUACGCCUAUUAUGAAGGAUGUGAUCCAGUAAUAUCUGGUAAGCUAGAAAAUAUCGACCAAGGUAUUCCGUACAUGGCUUUGGAAUUGUUCGAAAAUGUACCAGGUGUGGCCGGAUUGUUCAUAUCUGCAAUAUUCAGUGCAAGUCUCAGUACUAUCUCUUCUUGUCUUAACGCCUUGUCUGUGGUUAUACUAGAAGAUUUUGUAGUGAAGAAGUGGCCGAAUAUGUCCGAAUCUGUGAAACUAUUAACUGGGAAGAUAUCAGUUGUUGUUUUGGGAACUUUGGUGGUCAUCAAUGCUUUUCUGAUCUCAAUUGUGCGAUCAAACGCGAUUGAGUUGCUGUACGGAUUCACCGGAUUAAUAUUUGGGCCUUUGGCUGGAAUUUAUAUUCUUGGAUUGUUUUUUCCGUGGACAAAUAAAUAUGGUGCAUUCAGUGGUUUAUGUUCUGGAUAUGUUUUACUUGCAUUUAUAUUUUUUGGAAACUAUAUUUGGAAUACCGACCCGUAUACUAACGACAUUCCUCCUCGUACGACUGGCUCUUGCCCGGUAUUCAAUAACACCUUUGACGUGUAUAUCAACGUAACAACAACUGCCUUACCCGGAAUAACAUCAGCACCUAUUGAAGUAAAACACACAAUGCUUUUAGACGUGCUGAAUCUUAACUUCAACAUUUUAAUGUUUUUUGGAUGGUCAACUGCUAUCGUUAUCGGAUUGGUUGUGUCUUUUAUUACUGGGCAUACACCAGGAUCUGAAGCGAAUCCAAAUUACUUCAUUCCUCUUUUUGACAACAAGUAUCUUCCUGCAAAAGUAAAAACGUUUUUCCGAUUUGGAGUUCCGGAUUUCAAAAGUGGAAAUGACGAUUCGUCUAACAAAGACUAUAAAGAUGAAGUUGAAUUCAGUAAAAUAUAAUGUAGGAUUAAUAAAAGCUAUUCUUGUCAAUUUUUUUGAAAAAUGAAAUGAGAGAGGCAUUUUUGCCUCGCCCUAGAAUAUACGAUUCCACGGACUUGUUUACGUCGUCUUUUUGACGCAAUAAUGAGUGACUGUGAAGCGUGGCGUGAAUACGCCAGUGUUGCCAACUAAGAUUAUUUUAACCUAGAUUUAGAUUAUAUUCAUAUAAUUUAGAUGUAAUAAAUACCCGUUUAGAUGUUAGAUUAUUUUAGCAUUCAUUUAGUGGAUUAUUUUGACAAAUGUUUAUUUUGCAUUGUUCUCUAGUAGCAAAGAAGUGAAGUGCAGUUCAUGUAGUCACAUAAAAUAUAAUUAUAACCGACUAUAAUUAAUAAGAUAAUAAAUGACUCAUUAUAUCAUACGCAUUACUAUGCUGUAUGUUAACUAAGUGUGUUAGUAGUAUCGAUAUUUCGAUACAAAGGAAACUAUUACAGUAAAAUAUGAAAAUUCAAUGUUCUAUUUACUUAAAAGAUCUUCAAUAAACAUUGUUAUUUGUAUUUUGUUUCUUUGCAUUAUUCAAUAUUAGUGUAUUUGAUAUUCAGAGAUUGCAGUGAGAAAAAUUUACAUCCAUAAUAAUUGUGUAAUUUUUCACUAACGUUCAAGCCUCCACUUAUGGACAGCAAAUAUAUAUGUGUUGGCAAUAACUGAAUUGAAAAAUACAUACACACAGGUUAGGAAGUUUUCAAUUUUUCUCACGAUAAAUACUUAGGUUACCCUAUUUAUAUUCCAAAAACCGUAUUGAUAUAGGCAAUUUUUUUUUUUUUUCUAUUGAAAUGUAACUUUGGUAUGUUUGGAUUAUUAUUUUUUAAAUUUAGAUUAGCCUAUUUUUUGUUAAAAUUCUAGAUUAUUUUUGAACAUUUGACAACCCUGGCAAUACUCCUGUAGGAGUUUAUUUACCACAGACUGCUUUCCAAGUAUAUUUUUUAUUUUUAUCAUGUUGAAUCAAGCUCUUGCUGCUAUACUGUUUAAAUAAAUUCGUCUGUCUGAUAAA